UCUUCGCGUGUAGAUCUCAAACGUUGAACUCGCGUGUGCUGUUUUUGUAGUAAUUCUGUUUAAAUUGAAUAUUAUUCUGUUGUUUCAUUUCCUAAAAUAUACGAUUGAAUGAUGAUUGAAGCAACGUGUUCAUUGAAUGUGAAGUGAUUAUAGAUUCUAAUUCCUAAAAUAUCUAAUCACAAAGUGGAAGUGCUCACUCGUCUGCCGGUGUUAUGCAAUCUAGUUUAAAUUGAGUGGUGGAAAACAGUAAGAACCAUAUCAACGAGAAACAUGAUCCUUCUAAUAUUAUUGUUAUGUCUAGUAGUUUUCGCGGUAGGAUAUCUAAUCCAGGAAACUCGUCGUCCAGUCAACUACCCACCAGGUCCUCGAUGGCUACCAUUCCUCGGCAAUACUCCAUUCAUCCGCAAGCUAGCACGCAUCCACGGCGGGCAACAUCUAGCAUUCGAGGCCCUCGCCAAUGAGUAUGACAGUCCCGUAAUUGGGCUCAAGCUUGGUCGCGAGUAUGUCGUUGUGGCCAUGCAAUAUCCCGCAGUACGAGAGGUACACAGCAAGGAAGUUUUCGACGGCAGACCAAAUAACUUUUUCAUUCGAUUACGAACCAUGGGAACCAGACUGGGAGUAACUUGUACCGAUGGACCUUUCUGGGCUGAGCAUCGGAAUUUUGUCACCCGUCAUCUGCGACAGGCGGGUUAUGGUAAAAAACCAAUGCAACUGCAAAUACAGAAUGAGUUGAACGAACUGAUAGGAAUCAUAAGAGACCUAAAGGAUCAACCGGUCUGGCCAGGAAGUAUUUUACCUACGAGUGUCAUCAAUGUCCUGUGGACUUUCACUACUGGAUCGAGAAUAGCUAGAGACGACGAAAGGCUGACACGGUUGCUAUCACUGCUGCAGAAUCGUUCUAAGGCUUUCGACAUGUCCGGUGGAAUUUUAAGCCAGCUGCCGUGGCUUCGCCACUUUGCUCCGGAAUGGACUGGAUAUAAUCUGCUGAAAAGAUUUAACAAAGAGUUGAACGAUUUCUUCAUGAUAACAAUAGAUAAACAUCAUCAGCAAUACACUGAAGAUAAAUGCAAUGAUGAUCUUAUCUACGCAUAUAUAAGAGAAAUGAAAAACAAACAAGAUGACAAAAGUUCUACUUUUACCGAUCUGCAGUUAACCAUGAUCAUACUAGAUAUUUUCAUAGCAGGAUCUCAAACCACCAGUAUUACAAUCGAUUUAGCUCUCAUGAUGUUGGUCCUUAAGCCGAGUAUCCAGAACAAAAUUCGAGAAGAAGUUGAUGCCAACUUUCAACCGGAUGAAUUACCACAACAGACCGAUCGCACAAAUCUUCCGUACACGGAAGCGUUUCUGUUGGAAGUCCAACGUUAUUUCCAUAUUGUUCCUGUCAGUGGUCCUAGAAGAGCUCUUGAGGAUUGCACACUGGGCGGUUUCCGAAUACCCAAGAAUACCACCGUGCUUAUGGGUUUGCGAACAGUUCAUAUGGAUCCAGAACAUUGGGGCGACCCGGAAGAAUUCAGACCGGAACGGUUUCUUGAUACAGACUACAAUAUCACCAACAUCGAGAGACUUAUGCCGUUCGGUUUAGCCAGAAGACGCUGUCUUGGUGAAGCUCUAGCCCGUGCUUGUAUGUUCACGUUUUUGGUGGGUUUGAUUCAAAAAUUCAGCUUCCGUAUACCCGAAAAUAGUCUCGAAAAACCCUGCCUCAAAUUGCUUCCUGGAAUAACCUCAUCUCCCAAACCGUAUAAAAUUGUGUUCGUACCGAGGUGAAAAUUCGAAUAAAAUGCGCUGCCUUAGAAAGUGAUUCUCAUUUCUGGAAAGUGAUUUCAACGAGAUUGAAUGAAGGGAACGCACGUUUUCCAAGACAAAACAAGUUUCUUCAACUGCGUUAAAAUUUUUGUCAUGCUUGAGCCGAUGAUGGUUUUAACAGCUUAAUAGCGUUUCUUUUAUUUAAAAAAAUACAGUUACUUAUAUGUAAGUUAUUAUACGCAACA